AUGCGCUCUCUCCUUCAAUUAGCAGCUGUUGUAGCCUGCGUGCUUCCCAAUGCCCUCGCAUUUACGGGAAAGACCUGCAGGAUCAUGCCCCUUGGUGCUUCAAUUACCUUCGGUGUAGGAAGCAGUCAAGGUAACGGCUACCGUGAUGACCUCUACAACCUCCUCGCCAGGGACGGAAACACCGUCAACAUGGUCGGCAACAACCCAGCCACCGGAUCGACCUUCCACGACAAAGACACCGAGGGAUGGCCCGGCCUCAUCAUCGACGAAGUCUUCUGCAAGAUGCGCGAGUCCAUGCCAAGGAACCGCCCGAACAUCGCCACCAUCCUCGUUGGAACGAACGAUAUGACUAGGAACAUCGACGUUAUCAACGCGCCGUCGAGACUUAGCCAUCUCAUUGGCGGGGUUUUGAACUUUCCCCCGCAGACCCUCGUCGUCGUUUCGUCGUUGCCACCCAAUAGGGAUGCAGCGGCUAAUGCUAGGAUCAAUGCGUUCAAUGCGGCGAUUCCGGGCGUUGUUCAACAUUGGGUUAACCAGGGGAGAUCAGUGGUCUUUGCCGACUGCGGACGACUGGUUUCGGUGAAUGAGUUACCGGAUGGUACACACCCUAAUGACGCUGCAUACGAGCGCAUUGGAAGGUGCUUCUACGAUGCAAUUGUUGGCGCUGAUUCUCGAGGCUGGAUCUGGCCUGUGCAAGGUCCUCCUCCUUAG